GCCGACUGUUCAGUGUUCUCCGUUGUACCAGCGGGACGACCCUGCAGGCUGCCAGUGCCAGGCGCCAGAGCACAGCCCAGGCCAUUCGCAGCGGCAAAGCACUGGCGCAGGUGACCAUGAUUGUUUUGGCUACAAAGUACCUGGUUCUAGCGCAGUCGUUGCAGUUGCCAGAGUUUUUGCGCGAGUAUGCAAAGGCGGGGGGUGACAAGACGCGCGUGCUUGUCCUGAGUUGGCCUUAUCCCUUUGUGGACAAGUACGACGAGGUUCCGGUCAGGGACAAGACCGAUGGUUUUGAGGUGAUCUUUGAUUGGAUCCAAGUCAUCGACUUGGAUCAGAGCCUGAUUCAAACGGACCGGGGCGUGCAGAUUUCCUUCGAGGAGCUUGUGAUCAGCCCUGGGGAAAGUGUUGUUGCCGAAGAACGCGGCUUGCGUGUUGGAGACAAGGGUGUGGUAUGGUCGCGAACAAAGAUUGGAGGUCUGAAAUGGGCUGCAAGAGCUGAGCGGGGGGUUUGCUUUGAGGGACAGGUAGACAAGAAGGAGGCCGAAGCUGCAGAAAGGCGUGCCGAACGGCUUGCACGUGUCCAGGAGAUCAAGAACCGGUUCAAGUCUGCAUCGACGAAAAGCACGGAUCGCUCACUGAGCCAGAGCAGACCAGCCCCAAGGAGCUUUGAGGCCGACAGGAUCGAACCUGCGAGACGGAGGACGUGUCAAGUUGUGCGCGCUUUAGGGUCGAAUACCAUUAGUGAAGGGCUAGCAUAAAAAUGCCAACAGCGGUGCGGUGUAGCAACGGCUAUUUAGGGUGGGGGCCCCAAGAGGCGGUAGGACGUUUGGAAAGUUAUUGGGAGGACAAGGAUGGAGUUGAAGAAAUAACCUACGGAACAGGUUAUCUAGCAGUGUUUGCAAGAACCUUCCAAGCCCCGGCGGACCGCGAUAAAGCGCCCCUUUAUCUUGCAACAAGUGCUCACGGUGUAGUGGAGGAGGGAAAGAAGCUGACAAUGGCUCUGUUUUAUCCGGAGCAACGGACGCCGGAGGAUACGGCACCGGGGAGGGAGAAGGGGGUCUUCGAGAUCGCGUUUGACAGGGUUAGCCGAAAUAAUGCCGCGUUUGUUUCGCCCAAAUACAAAGUGGGGUCGGAGGAUGAUGGAGGCGCGUUUGACAUAGCGUUCAUACGGCUUAGAGAGGUAUUAGGAGGGACUAGGUCGAUGACUCAGUUUAGGAGGCUAGCUAUCGUGAUCCAUCUUGAUGCUCCCGUCGCAAUAGGUGACAUCAUUUGUUGGUUUGGAUACCCCCUAGCCGAGGAGAUGGAUACAAGAGUCGAUGAGUCCUUCAUGUACAAACACUCUUCGGCUUUGAAGGCAAGGCUUCCGGAAAUAGAGGGCAUACCCGGGGCUUUAGUUAGGGAGGGGUCAGGCAGGUCAGGAAAAGGUGGGAGUGGGGGCCCAUGGUUAAAGGGUCCAAUGCUAUUGGGGCUAUGGCUUGGCAGUUCAAUGAACAACUCUUUGAAGCAGAAGUCCCAGAUAGCCAUAGUCCUUAUUUUAGCACACUUUUGAUAGACUCCGCCUUGAGCAACAGAAUUAUGAAGUGAGAAUAUAACUUCAGUAAUUACAGGUGCAUCAAUGCAUGUACCGUCAUUUCAUGGUGCAUGGAUCCAGC